UGUGUACAUUGGGAUUGGGAUCUCCCAUGCGUUUUAUUGUGUGGUUUGGUGACACACACACUAACGAAAUAGUGCAUUGUGUUGUUGGCGCGAGUUAUUGUUCUAUGCAAUGGGAAUGAUCAUGAAACAGUGAUUUACGUGUGUUAGAGAUCUGGAUAUUGAACCGAUUUCCUGCCUAAAUAUAUUCUUCUUCAACCUAGAGGAGUAGAGGUCCCGUACCUUAGACGGAGGGUUCUCUCUACUGGAAAUCUCAAGGUGUACCAUUGAACUGUGAGGUUGGAAAGACAAACCACCCUGGAGGGAGCUGACCAGAGUGUUGAUUCAUUUCUCAGGUGUAAUCGUUCGGUUUGAUUUGUUCAUCGUUGAGUAAUAUUGGAUGUUAUAGAAAAUCAAAUACUGUCGGCCGGAGUGAGAAGGAUUAUGAGGUUGAUCCUCCAACCAUGCAGAAUGAGGAGAAUGUGAAUAUGCUGGAAGAGAAAAACGGGAGUAAGGAUGAGCGACGAGCAAGCAACAUCAGCGACUCAUCGGAGAGUGCGUACAGCAGCAAUGGCAUUGCGGCCAACCUGCCCAACCAUCAUGAGAGGAAAGUGUCGGUCCGGUCGUACCGGCUGCGGCGGAAGAUACGCAAACGCAAACAGAUGCAGCGGCUGGUCGGCAAGGAUGGCGUGUGUAACGUCGAGCAUACGCACGUCAAGAAUCUGGGGAUACGACUCAUGUCCGAUAUGUUCACAACGCUGGUGGACCUACGUUGGCGGUACAACCUUACCGUGUUCACUUUAGCGUAUGUGCUAAGUUGGUUUCUUUUUAGCGUGUUGUGGAUUCUUAUCGCAGUUACUCAUGGCGAUUUGUACUAUCAGACCACGAACAUGACAGACCCUGAUAGAGAACCUUGUGUGGAGAACGUCGCCACCUUCACCGGGGCUUUUCUUUUCUCGUUGGAAACGCAAACAACCAUUGGAUACGGUGGUCGGAGUGUCACCGAAGCAUGCCCUCACGCAAUUAUGGUUGUCGUCAUCCAAUCGGUCAUUAGUUGUUUAAUUGACGCCGUUAUGAUCGGAUGCAUUUUCGCUAAGAUUGCACGCCCGAAAAAGCGUGCAGCAACGCUGAAGUUCAGUCGCAAUGCUGUAAUAGCCCAGCGAGAUGGGCAACUUUGCUUCAUGUUUCGGGUGGGCGACAUCCGGAACUCACAUCUCUUUGAAGCCCACCUAAGGACGUACCUUAUUAGACCACGUGUGACUGCCGAAGGCGAGAUCAUUCCAUUGCACUCAUUCAACAUGGAUUUAGAUUAUGAUACGGGAGAAGAUCGUAUUUUUCUUGUGUGGCCGAUCAUCGUUACACACAAAAUUGAUGAAAACAGCCCUUUGUAUGAAUACAAUGCAAGGCAAUUAGAAAAUGCAGACUUUGAGAUCGUUGUCAUCCUGGAAGGGAUUGUUGAACAGACCGGACUCACAACUCAGGCGAGAACUUCGUACAGCCCAUCGGAGAUAAUGUGGGGUUACCGGUUCAGCAGCUCGGUAGUUGUCUUGCACAGCGAAAAUGAUAAACAGUACGACAUAGAUUACUCUAAGUUUGAUCAGAUCUACCAGGUACCGGAUACACCGCGUUUCAGUCCCAAGGAGUUGGACCUGUUGGACAGGAAAGCAGCCGCGGCAGCCGCCCCAAGCGAGCCUCUUGAAAACCUCCGAGACUUCAUCCUCAAGGUGAUGCGGGAAUCCAAGAUAGAGGAGCUCGAGAAGGAGCAACAGGACUUAGACAGCCGCAAUCGACUCUACAACCGCAGGGUUGAAGCCCUGAAUUCGCGAGAUAAAACUCGUUAUAAGAGUCGGAGCAGUGAGCAUCUCUCCGUCAAUCGGUACGUUGGGAAGAACACCUUCCCACUGGUGACCACCAAGAGUGAAUCCAUGGACAGGAUGCUUCAUGUGGAUGAUGAGGACAACCACUCUAGGCGUAGUGCUGGACGUAAUUGCAGCGAUGGAAAUGUCAGUCCAGUGUCCAGGGAAUCACAUGUAUGACACCUGGUAGAGAUCUCACAAUUUCAUCAAAACACCAAACAAGGUACGAAUGAAAACAUUGUUGAUAAUUAUUCGCUUGACGUGCAGUCUGUCAUUGGUGGGAAACCAAAUCUCCAGUUACUUAUUCAACAUUCUACACACGAUGCAUGAGAGUGCAUCACUUCAUUGCACGCAGAGGAAACCACUUAUGUUAACUGGUUGCCUGAUUUAUACUAAUUGUUUCCCUUAGAGGGACCAGUGAGGCUGCAUGAACUAUUUAUCAGACUGUGUAUUUGGUGAUAAAUUGCAGCACUGUAACAUUUGUGAAAUAUUUCACUGACCUACUUGUACAAGUAAGAAAAUUGCGGACAACAAAUUCUUUCUCAGGUCAAAAUAUUGUUUUUCCUUUACAAACGAGACAACAAGUAUGAACAUUGUACAUGUAGGGCAUACAUUGUAUGAAUGGGUAAGAAAUUCAAACUUUUUUCUUCUCAGAAUAUAAGAACUCUGAUAAGAUAACAUAAAAUGAAAUUCCAUCGACCUUCAUGUACCUGGAUUUUAGUUCAGACGAAUACCGUAAACACAAAAUUUAUUUUGUUCGUCUUAAUAGUAGAAAUGUGAUUGAUGUCUAGAGCAAACCUCUAAGCCUUUGCAUACCACACUAAACAUGAAUAUUGUUUGGCAAAGUGAUUGACCUUAUUGAAGCUUACCUGUCGUUCCGCUCUUCGGUUUCCUUAAGUUCUGUUUCUUUAUAAAAAU